CGCUCCACUGCUAAUUAUUUAAUGUCUCCAGCACUUGCAUAUGUGUCUUCAGGAAUUAAAAUUUCUUCUCCGUUUCUUUGGGGCUUACAUUCUUUCCACAAUGGCUCCGGGCGAUAACAACAACCCUCGAUCUCCAAAGUGGGUCAUCGAAAUCAAGAACCUCCUCGACGGAGGGCUCCCUCCCGAUGCGAGGAUUUCGUGGACCAUCGGCAGAGUCCCUGAUAACUGGCGUAAAGUUCACGAUACCGCAUUCCAUCCCGAAAUGAUAGGCAUCGGUCCCAUCGAAAAGUGGCGAAUUCGAGCCAUGGACGACCUCAAGAAGUGGUUUCUAAUCCGCCUUCUGGGAGGCAAGUUGGAGCGGUGGAGAAGGGACGGAGAAGUGUCGAGGACGACCGAGGGGGAGAGAGUGUGCAAUGGCUGUGAACGUGAAGAAGACGAUGAUGGCAGUCGGAUGGCGAAAGCUGUGAUUUUGGAUGACCUUGUGGAAGCCAUGCAGAAAUUGGAGCAGAAAACGAGGGCCUGUUAUUCGGAGAGUUUUUAUAAUAUAACCAGAGAGAACUAUGUGAAGAUUAUGGUGGUCGAUGGUUGCUUCGUGGUCGAACUAUUGCGCCUUAAUUACCAGCGUGUCCUGUUCCCUGGGAUGGCAACUGAGGACGAUCCGAUUUUCAGUAACCCCCGGAUUCUUCGAACCGUUCAACGCGACCUCCUAUUGCUUGAGAACCAACUGCCGUUCUUCGUUCUCGAGAAACUGUACGAGCUGAUCAACAACAAGAACAAGAUUGAUCAUCAACAAGCUGUGCCGCUGGAAGUACUCGCGGUCACCUUCUUCGACCCGCUGUUACCCCAACACCAUGCUGCAUCUAAGUUGGACACCAACAAACCAAAGGCUCAUCUGCUCGAUGUUUUCCGCUCUUCCUUCCUCAAAUCGGUGAGUGAGAAAGUCCACGAGAAGGGAAAGAAUCAAGUCAAGUCGUGGUUGAAUCCUGAUGGCAGUAUGAGGGGCCUCGUCCGACACUUCGCAUCGGAGCUCCAAGAGGCGGGUAUGCAAUUCAAGAAGUGGAAGGGCCACGACUUACCGGACAUCGAGUUCGAUCAUGGCACUCUACAGGUCCCUCAGUUGUCCAUCAACGACAAUACCGUCUCUGUCCUUUUGAAUUUCGUUGCGUAUGAAAUGAGCGUCAAACACCCUGAGCCCUUCUUCACGAAUUACUUAAUGUUCUGGGACAGUUUGAUCAAUAGCCCCAGGGACGUUCAGAUUUUCCGCAAGCACGGGAUCAUCAAUCACCUGGGAAGCGAAACGGAGGUGGUGGAACUGUUUAUGAAGUGUAGAGAGGUCAUUUACGAUCUCAAUCUGGGCUACUUGUACAACGAAAUCAAGGAGGUGAAUGAUUAUUGCGAGCAGUUCUACGAGAGCAAGUACAGCGUCUGGUGGAGAAGCCUCAUCCGCGAUCGCUUCAGCAGUCCGUGGACAUGCCUCUCUCUCUUUGCUGCUGUUAUCCUCUUGCUGCUUACCCUCCUCCAGACGUUUUACACCGUGUACGCUUACUAUCGGCCGCAUUAAGCUUUGCACCUGUCAUUCUACGACAACAGGUGUUAUUAGCUAUGGCUUUUUAGCAUUUGAUGUCCUGUAUCUGUCUCUGUCUUGGUUGCGUGGUGGCUUUACUUGAUGGAAAUUGUAUUGUCGCUACAUUUAGAAAUUUCAGAUUGCUGUGGUGUCCAAUACAAUUUGGAGCUUUUUAUGGUACAUAUUUGGUUCA